AUAAAGCCACUGUCACCCGCGGGGACACGGCCGGAGCGCAGGGGGCAGGACAGCACCGCGGGAGGUGACACAGGGGACACAGCCGCAGGUACCGUGGGGACGGGGACAAGCCGGGUCCUGCUCGGGGACAGUCGUGCUGGCACGCGGGUGUCACCCGUGUCCCCCGUGUCACCCACGUGCCACCCUCCGCAGGCCCAGCCAUGUCCUGUGCGCCCAGAGCUGCCCUCAGGGGGACACCGCGGGGACCCCGCCCCGGGGCCAUGGCGGCGAGCGGGGACACCGAGGCUGUCAUCGACCCCGACAUGGUGGCCUUGUUCGACGAGUUCCUGGGGACAGAGACCUCGGUGGCCUUCGGGGCUCCGCCGGUGUGGCGCCCGGCGGCGCGGCCGUACCAGUACGUGCUGCGGGACACGGAGCAGCGCGGGCUGUGCCUGCGCCACGGCCACCUGGUGGCCACCAGCCUGCAGGGGGCCAACGCCGCCCAGGAAGAGCCCAUCAGCGUUGUCCCCAACCGGCACCUGGAGCGGCAGCGCUGUCCCCUCAUCCUGGGCAUCCGCGGGGGCAGCCGGGCGCUGUCCUGUGGCACCGGGAGCGAACCGCGGUGUCACCGCGCGCUGUCCCCGCAGGACGUGGCGCUGCUGGAGCUGUUCUCAGGUGACAAGGACGCGGCCACGCCCUUCACCUUCUACAAGACCUUCGGCGGCUCCACGCACACCUUCGAGGCCGCCGCCUUCCCCGGGCUCUUCCUCAGCACGGCCACCGGCCCGGGGCGAGCGCUGGCCCUGGCGUCGGACCACGGGGCCACCGCCUUCUACCUGCACCGGCAGCGGCCGUGACAGCGGGGACAGCGGGGACAGCGGGGACAGCUGGGGACAUCA